AUGUUCGACUUCUUUGGAAACGACUCGUACCAGGCUCAGGCCGCGCAGGACGUGCAGAACAAGCACAAGAGCGAGCUCUCGCACGAGCUCAUCGCCGCCGCCGCUGCUUACGAGGCGCAGAAGGCCUACGCCUCGCAUGUCGCUGCCAACGGCAAGCCCGAGUCGCACCAGAAGGCCCGCGAGCUCCUCGCCGCCUUUGCCGCCGCCGAAGCCGACAAGCUCAUCGAGACCAAGGGACUCGACUUUAUCGACCGCGAGGAGGCCAAGCGCCAGGCUCGCCAGCACGCCGAGCAGGCUAUCUCGCCUGACAACUACUGA